AUGGCAACCGAGCCGAAAGCCACGAAGGACCCGAUCGACGCCGACGCCGAGGACUCGGACGAUGAAGACUACAACCCAGAGCAAGACACGGAGGCCAAGGUUGAGGACGAGCUCGAUGCGAAGGAGGAGCAAGAAUUCCUGCGCAAGCAUGCUGCCAAGCAGCCCAUGGCCACGAACGCGAGCAAGCGCAAGGUCGACGAUCUCUGGGCUGAUAUGAACGCCGACACGGCGGUCUCGGCCACGUCGACGAGCAAGACAGCCAAGCUACUGCACAAGCUCGUGCAAGGCCCACCAAAGAAGAAGAAGACCACAAAGGUCCGCGAGUUUCACAUGCCCAUCAUGGGCUGCUCGGGCAAGUCGCGCGGGGGCGCACCGCUCAAGCAAGAUGCAACCGUGACCCAAGUGCUCAAGUUUGCCGGUCAAGAGUACACGGUCAAAAAGUCGGCGGCGGACAAGAAGACGGGUCUGGACGCCAUCGUCGACGCGCUCCAGCAGCCCAAGAAGGUGUCGACGAUCGAAAAGUCGUCGAUGGAUUGGGACUCGUUCAAGGAGAAGGAAGGGAUCGUCGACGAGCUCGAGCAGUACACCAAGGACGGGUACUUGGAGAAGAAGGACUUCUUACACCGCGUCGACUUGCGCAAGUUUGAGCUCGAAAAGGCCGAGCGUGAAAAGGUGCGCCGCGCCAACAACUAAGAAGUGCACGACUACGGCGUUGAAAUAUA